AUGGUUUUUUGCGGAAAGCCAAGCAAGGCAUGUUUAUGCUGCCGAAAGAGAAGGAUAAAGUGUGACCAGAAGUCACCGGCUUGUACACAAUGUAUACGAGUGGGCAAGAUUUGUCCAGGGUAUCGCGAUCAGCUAGAACUUUGCUUUCGGAAUGAGAAUGAAAGGACCUUGCGAAAAGCCAAUUCCGUAAACAGUACAUCUAUUGUGAGAGCUAAAAGUUCUCCUCACAAUGGAAAAUUCAAGGUUUCAUCUCCUAUUACACGACUAGCAACCAAAGCCGCAGUCUCUAUAACAGAAUUCGAAUCUAGAAAUCCUCCUAUAUCGAACUUGCCCAUAGCCAAGAACUGGUGUCCUUUGGAUGAUAAGGGAAUAGCCUUCUUUCUAACGUAUUAUAUGACGAUUCCACUAGAACGCACACAUAACUGGGUUGAUCUAAUGCCAACUAUGUCUGUUAAAUCAAGAACGUUAGAAGCAGUUUCUUCGGUGGGACUGGCUGGACUAUCAAACGCCACCAAUAAUCCCAAUUUGAUGCAGAUUGCAAGAAAGAAGCAUUCUGAUACUGUGAAUUUUGUGAUUCGGGAACUUGGAGAUAUUGUGAAUGCAAAUAUUGAGGGACUCUUACAGAAAGUUGUGAUGUUAAUCAUCUUCGAGUUGAUAAACACUGCACCCCGUGAAUCACAUUCACUGUCUGUGCAUUUCAACGGUGCUUUAAGUCUAUUGGAAACACUAGCUUUAAGAAAUUACGAGGAAAACAAACCGACCACGAAACUCCAGUUGCAAUUUUUUUUUUUUGCUGCACAUAUUAAGUACUUUGAGGAGAAGAACCUCCCCUCGACGCAACUAAUCGACUUUUCCAAGCUUAUUCUAGAGAACAAGCGAACGCAAGACGUGACUGCUUCUGCAGUGGUUGAGAUUGCUAUUCGAUUCAUCAAUCUUUACGCAUCCAUCAGGGCGAAAGCAUUUACCAAUCUAGUUGAAAUUGUUUCGGCGCUAGCUUUCCUGGAUGGCGAAUUGGAGCGAUGGGAAGCAAAUCUCCCUCUUGACUGGAAUUUUACUGUACGGAGCAGAGACUUGCCAGAUGGGAGUUCUUUCAAUGGGAAAUGUCAUGAAUAUUGUGAUGUCUGGAUUUCGCGAAUGUUUAAUCACUAUCGAUGGAUGAGAAUAUUAUUGAAUGAACUUCUUCUCGAGCAUUUGAAUAGGAUGACAUACCUGACGUCUGAACAUUUGGUUCAAAAGAUGAAAGCAUUAAAAAUAAUCAACAGGAUGGCAACAGAUAUUUGCACUAGCAUCUCUAGUUAUUUUGACCAUACCACACUAGUGGAACGUCCAACGUUGUUACCUCAAAUGAGCGGUAUACCAGUGUUUUUGAUGAUUUGGCCCUUAUUCGUCGUUGGUGGAGGAAUUGGUGUACCGCAGCAUUUGUACAACUGGGUUCUCGGUCGAUUGGAUAUUAUCAACAAACAGUUAGGCGUUUUAUCCGCGCAGACAAUGAUGGAGCGGACCAAGAUACGCCGACAGAGGUGGGUUCGUGCAGAUGUGAAAGCAUCACGCACAACAUGCAAUGAUACCUUAUUUCCCCUGAUCCUUGAAACUGGCUGCGAGAUGCAGAUGGAGAUGGAGCCAUUGGACUGA